AAUCUGUCUGUAAAAAUGGUUCAGACUUCAGGCGGGUCAUGUUUUGUUUCCAAAGAUUUUUAAACACAAAACCCAGACACAAACACAAAUAUUAAGAAAAGCUAUUUUAUAAUUUUACAAAUACAAUACAAACUCUACUCUUCAAUUCAGUACAGUGUUACACAACUUCCUUUGCUAGGAAUCCUAGCCUUCGCCUAGAUUCACUAUUCGAAAUAAGAUAUUCGUUUUAAAUUCAUAUAAUGAUUUCUGUCACAUCUGAUCUACUGUCGAAUGACGACCUUGUAAUCGACCUACCCAACCUUAAGGAAAGGAUUUCAAGCUGGACAAACAAGUUGAAGGAGGGGGCAAAUUUGGUCGCCAAACCCAGCGUUCGAUCUGAACCGUUCAAAAAUAUUUACGCUGGCAUUGAAAGCAUUUCUGUUGUCAACUUUGAAGUUGAUGCUAUCUCAAAUGUACCCAGCGUUAAGGUCAAUCCGGUACUGAAAUUUUGGAUUAGAUUAGCCAAAAUUCACGUCCUCUCAUCACUGGCAAAGUGGUACGAGCUUAGUGAAGAACUUUCGGUUGCUGAAACACAUCAUGUCCAAUGUAUCGAAUUGAUUGAAAAGGAGCUAGAGGAAGAAGAAAUGAGUCUUCCUGAAUCUAUGACUCAGAUGACCAUUUCACCGUCGACGGAACCGGAUAGUGAAGAAAAUGCAAAUUCUUUAAAUAAUGAAGAAAUGAUGAGGGCAAAGGAUCGUGUCAAGUACAUGUACAUUUAUGAACUAACACGAUAUGCAAUUUUAUGCUCUGAACGAGACAAUCAAACUAAAGCGCUAGAGUUUUUGAAGAAAGCAGAAGCUUAUUAUCACGAAAAUUGUACCGCUGAAAAUUUACAACCUCCGCUCGACCCUAGCUCCUUGUUGGGAAUGUUGGACUCUCUAAAUUCUGAAACUUCCAAGGAUAUGUUCACCUAUGUUUUGUUUUAUCUGGGCCAGGCGUACAAAAUAAAAGGCGAAAAGGAGCGAGCAAUUCUCUAUCUUCACAUGGUAUUGAGGCGCCAGUUAGAAAAGGGUGACUAUAACAAUAUUACUUGGGGCUCAGACUGUUCUCGAAUGGCAUCCGUGCUGAUGUCGAACGAACAGACGUUUGAAACAGCGAGGGACAUUCUUGUAGCGGCCACAACUAUUAUGAAACACUCCCCUGAGGAAGAGAAGGGUUCCGAUCACUUUAGACAAAAUUUUGCUGAAUUAGGAAGAUGCUGGGGAAAAUUUGGUACGGUACUUCUAGAAAUCUCUGGCAAUCGAUUGAAGGAUCUGCAAGAUGAAGACAGCAAUAGGAAACAGCUAAAAUUUGAGAGCAGAAUUACAUUGGAUAGAUUUGAGAAACAAAGUUUAGAACUUGCUGGUGACCAGAUGGAAUAUGAUACAAUAUUAUUAAUAAGGGCUCUCAGAUUCCCUACACUUGAUGUCAGUGAAGUGAACAAAGUUGAGAUGAAAGGGCGCUUUGUCCGAGAUUUUGAUGAAGCCCGAGCAGUUUUUUUGCCUGCUCAAAAAUGGAUCAAUAUUGCAAAAGAAUAUUAUAAUCUUGACGAGUAUGCAAGCGAUCACAUUGAUAUUAUAUCUGAUUAUGCUUCUUUAUAUAAGCAUUUGUCUUUUUAUGAGCCUUGUCUUUCACGACAAAUUACAAUGCAUAAGAGAAGAAUAACUUUAUUGGAAGAUUUGCUUUCAGCAUUAAAUCCAAAAGUGUACACAGAUAUAUUUCAUGGUCUAUUAAGAGAGUUGGCUGAAACAUAUGAAGUGGUUUACAAACGCAAGGUUGAUGAAUAUAAGGACAGGGGGAAAUCUCUACGACCAAAAGACAUGCAGCUUGUCUCGAUGCUCGUGUCGGCCGUAAAUGCACACAAAAGAAACCUUGUCAUGUUCGGAUUUGACAUAGAUCAUCCUGAAAAGAGUUUCGCUCAGGAUUAUGAAAAAGUUCUGAUGGCAUUUGUCUUGUCAAUUGGCCGCAUUCUUGGGAAUAUUUGUCAUGAUCAUCCGCUUCACUCAGAUGCUGUGAUACUAGGCGAGGAGAGCAAAAGAUUUUAUCAAUUCUUCUUGGAUUAUCUGGAUCGUCACAUUGAACUUAAACGGGAAUUUAUUACAUUAUAUGAUGGAAGCAGAGAUAUGCCAGAACUCCUGGACUCACAAAUUCGAAAAAUUCGACAUCAUCUCAGAAUGAGGAGUGCAGCUCAAUCAGAAAACGCAUGAAAAGUCCGAUAAAUAAAUAAUAAUCGAGUUGAUGAAACAUAAUAUGAUACCUAUACAUAUCUAAAUAUGCGAGUAUGAUCUGUACCCGUCCAAGAUAACCAGAGUCAUAUUUUCGAACUAGUCAUACAAAAAUAGUGUUUUCACUAUAACCUAGUCGAUACCUAAUUUGAAUAUAUAAUUGAAAAUUCA